AUGUCUGACGCAGGCGAACCUGAAGCUCGCGCUCGUCCCGCUCCUCCUCCACUGACCGAAGAAGCUGCAGCUGCCCGCAAGGAGUUGCUCGCCCAGGAUCUUGCGCGUGCGAAGGAUGCCGGCUGGAACAACCCCAUUCCCUUCAACUACGAGACUGUCAUUGGUGGUGAAGCUGAGCCCGAUCAAACUCGCGAUGGCGUUCCCUGGCUAUCCGACGCGGCCAUCUACCAGUGGGACGAUGAGUUUGGUGACGUUGGUGAGCCCAACCCGGAGUUGGAGAAGAUGCUCUUCCAGGACGAGAACGUGCAGCGCGCCGGCAACGCAAUCAAAGCGCUCUCGUACGAGGUUACGGUUGAGGGCCCCGAGAAGGUUCUCCCUGUCCGUGAGUUCGAUGAUGCUGGUCUCCACCCCGUCAUGCUUGAGAAUGUCAAGCUCUGUCAGUACUCAGCACCCACACCCAUUCAGUCUUACUGCAUUCCCGCAGUCCUGACUGGGCACGAUGUCGUUGCUAUCGCUCAGACUGGAUCUGGAAAGACCGCUGCCUUCCUGCUGCCCAUCUUGUCAAAGCUCAUGGGCAAGGCUCGUCAGCUUGCAGCCCCUCGUCCCAACCCGGCGCGCUACAACCCACUCACCGAUCGUGUCCGCGCAGAGCCUCUGGUUCUCAUCGUCUGCCCUACUCGAGAGUUGGCUUGCCAAAUCUUUGACGAAGCUCGCCGUCUGUGCUACCGUACCAUGCUGCGUCCUUGCGUUGUCUAUGGUGGCGCUCCCACCCGCAACCAGCGUGAACAACUGGAGAUGGGCUGCGAUAUUCUCGUCGCCACGCCCGGUCGCCUUAUGGAUUUCAUGCAGAACCUCAACCUGUUGUCUUUCCGUCGUCUAAAGUUCACCGUCAUCGAUGAGGCUGACGAGCUUCUUUCCUCUGGUUGGGAGGAGGCUAUGGAGAAGCUCUUCUCUGGUUCUGACGUCAACGCGGACGCCGACCAUACCUACUUGAUGUUUUCUGCUACCUUCCCUAAGUCUGCUCGCCGCCUUGCAAAGGAGUACAUGGACACGGACUACCUGCGCAUCAAGGUCGGACGUGUUGGCAGCACGCACCAGAACAUCACCCAGACCAUCGUCUACGUCGACGAGUCUGCGAAGAACCAAGCACUAUUCGAUCUGAUCUUCUCGAGCGAGCCUCAGCGCACACUCAUUUUCGUCAAUAGCAAGCGCAAGUGUGACAUGGUCGAUGAUUUUCUCUACAACAAGGGCUUGCCGUGUACCUCGAUCCACUCCGAUCGUACCCAGCGUGAGCGCGAGGAUGCUCUACGCUCCUUCCGUACAGCGCGAUGCCCCAUCCUCGUCGCCACUGGUGUCACCGCUCGCGGUCUUGACGUUGCCAACGUCAAGCACAUCAUCAACUACGACCUGCCGUCGACACAGCACGACGGUAUCACCGAGUACGUGCAUCGUAUCGGUCGCACCGCUCGUAUCGGCAAUGAGGGCAUGGCCACUUCCUUCUUCAACGACCGCAACGAGGAUAUCGGCGAGGACCUUGUCAAGAUUCUCCUGGAGUCCAAGCAGGAAGUGCCUGAUUUUCUCGAGCAGUUCAAGCCCGAGGAUCCUAACGUAAUCGAGUGGCGCGAUGGCACCGACGACGAAUCGGAUGAUGGUCUUGGUGGCGGUUUCGGUGCUGACGCUGGCGGUUUCGACGCCGGCGCUGGCUUCGGUGGAGGUGAUACUGAAGGCUUCGGCGGUGAUGCCGGUGGCUUUGGUGGUGGCGAUGGCGGUUUCUCCGGCGGAGCUGAGGAUAAGAUUGCCUCUUGGUAG